AUGGGCGGCGCUCUCGCCCGGCUCCUCUUCCUGGCCGUGAUGGCGGCGGCGGCGAUGGCGACGGCGACGGCGACGGCGACCGGAGCUUGGCCGUCUAUGCCUCACAGCUCCAUCGCGCAGGCGCCUUCCUUCCUCCCCUCCGCCUCCGCCCCGACCCACUCCGCCCUGCCGCCGGCGCCGAGCCGCGACGCAAUGCCCGUCCUCCCCACCCCACGCGGAGGCGCCCGCGGAGGCGCCGAGGGCCUCGUAACGCCGGCGGGCUCUCUGCCGAUCAUUCCGUCCAACCCGAGCCCCCCCAACCCCGACGACCCUCUGCCCUCGGGCUUGGCUCCGUUCGGCACCGCCGCUGCCGCCGCAGUCCCCUCCGCCGCGACCUCCCAGCUGUGCCUCGCACAGGCGGCGGCGGCGUGGCUCCUCCUGCUGCUGCGGUGGCUCUAG